AUAUUUGUUUCCAAACUACUGCCUAAAGUUACUGCGGUGGACAGAAAUAGAGUAAUCUGGCAUGACGUUUAAGGCGUGGGAGCGUACAUACAUGAAGUGAAGAGAAAGGAAUUGAGUAUUUGGAGGUCCAGGUCUACAGACAGAUAUGGUCAUAAUACCCCUUGUGCCAUUGUGAACUUGGGGUGGCACUGGCAGAAGCUUCAUGAGGUGUCUACAUUCAUCACAUACAGUUGAGUUCACAUUAAAGAUGUCAUGCUACGGAUUUUGGAAUGUCCUAUUUCAAUUUGAGGAGGCAUGUAAUGCAUAAAUCAAUGUAAUGCAUUUAAAGGUAACUGCCCUUGUGUUUCCUCAUCUUGGGAGUUUUACAUGCUAAAGUAUUAGUUCCAUGUGCCAUUAUUUUUUGAAGUCGGUUGAUGCAAUAGCCAAAAUCUCUGCAAUGGUCUUCAACCCAGCAAGGACUGUGUCCCGGUCUACAACAGCCCUUUCAACCAAGAGUGGUUUGAGCGUCUUCUCCUCACUGUGUUUUGAAAAUGCAGCAACUUCGUCAAUAGCAACAUCUAAGAACACCUUUGUAGCAGUGGUUGUGGACAAUGUAGUGCGUUCUGCAAGGACAAUGAGCACAGAACAAAUAUUCUUAUAAUCAAAUCCACACGCACAUACUUGUCGAAUAGGAACUUACUCAUAUAUUCUUUCACCAAGUUUGAUGUGAACACCCCAACAAUUACAGAAGCCGGAAGUGCAGUUUUCUGGGUAAUAUAAUCGGCAACACUCUUGCCCCAAAGUGUUAUUCUCAACUUUGCACCACUAAACAUGUUAAGAAAACAAAAACAUCUCGUUAUCUCUAGUGGCCUAACCGACUGUUGGUUACGUUGUAAUAAUUAUCGCACCCAUUUGUGUUUUGAAAGCAAACCUCAAAUCUUGCAAUUCUAACAUGAGGCUUUUCACGGUACUGUUAUAAACGUUUUUGUAUGUA